CGCCUUUUUCGCAUUUGUGAUACGCGAAAAAGGCGGAACUCAAAGAGCGCAAAUGAACCAAUCACAGCCACUAAAAUACGGGGAGUACGAGAGUUUCCCGGAAAUACGCCUACACGUAUGGUCCUCGUCCGGGUAGGUUUUCCUGUAUCCUCUGCAAGGUCCGCAACGCUACGGUUAUACUUGUCACUUGCGGCAACUGGAGCCAGGGGCCAACAUGGGUGGUCGCCCAUGGUGUGCCCCAUCAGUGGCUUAGACGACUUCAGUGCCGUCUGGCGAAGAGAAUGGGAUAUGAGACUCGGAAACAAUCUCGGCCUCCUUUCUUCAUCCGCAAUUCUUUCCGGAGAGUCUAUACAUGCCCUACACUUUCAAGGUCAGAAUCUAUAAUGAAAGAGCCAGUCGAGGACUCUGCGUGGGCGACUGGCGAUGGCCGUGUCGACAUCAAUCUUGGAUCACGUCUCUGCCGAACACUGUCACUCCUCGUCCCUCCGGAGUCCACACCCAACUUCACGCCAGCAAAGCCUAGAUUAGAUAUUCCACCUCCUCCCGAGUACACCGAGGAAGGCCCGCAAAGCAUCCGCCUGAACAUCGUCAUUCAGGUCGUUGGAAGCCGCGGCGAUGUACAGCCCUUCGUUGCUCUUGGGAUGGAGCUGCGGCGUCACGGCCACCGCGUGCGCCUCGCCACGCACGACACGUUCUGUGACUUCGUCCGGUCCUCGGGACUCGAGUUCUUCCCCGUCGGCGGCGACCCGGCCGAGCUGAUGGCCUACAUGGUCAAAAACCCCGGUCUGAUGCCGAGCAUGCGGAGCCUGCGGGCAGGCGACGUCCACAAAAAGCGCAAGAUGGUGGCCGAGAUGCUUGGUGGCUUCUGGCGGUCGUGUGUCGAGCCGGACCCCGCUACGCACACGCCAUUCGUGGCCGAGGCCAUCAUCGCCAAUCCACCCAGCUUUGCCCACGUCCACUGCGCCCAGGCCCUCGGCGUGCCGCUGCACCUCAUGUUCACCAUGCCGUGGACCAGCACAAGACGCUUCUGCCAUCCGCUGGCGAACCUGAAGGGAAACGAAGAUUUGGGUAUCCCACGGGAGGUGGCCAACCACGUGUCUUUCAAGGCGGUUGAGUGGUUGACUUGGCAAGGACUGGGCGACAUCAUCAACAAAUGGAGGGAAACCUUGGAUCUUCAGCCCGUUCCCUUCUCCGAAGGACCGGGCUUGGCCGAAACACUCCAAGUUCCCUUUACCUACUGCUGGUCCCCGGCGCUGGUACCGAAGCCGGAUGAUUGGCCGGCUCAUAUCGAUGUCUGCGGAUUCUUCUUUCGGGACCCCCCCUCCUUCAACCCGGAUCCCGAGCUAGCUAAGUUUCUCGACGCUGGGACACCACCAAUCUACAUUGGUUUUGGCAGCAUUGUCAUCGACGACGCGGAGGCACUCACAAACACGUUGCUCGAGGCGGUCCGGUCCACAGGCGUCAGGGCCAUCAUCUCUCGAGGCUGGAGCAAGCUGGGUGGUAACCGAACGUUAGACCUAGGGGCCAACGUCUUCUAUCUGGGGGAUUGCCCGCACGAAUGGUUGUUUCAGCGUGUCUCGGCCGUGAUACAUCACGGCGGCGCCGGAACCACGGCCUGUGGCCUCCUGAACGGCAGGCCAACCGUAGUUGUUCCCUUCUUUGGCGAUCAGCCGUUCUGGGGCGACAUGGUGGCCGCGGCGGGCGCCGGUCCGUCCCCGAUUCCUCAAAAGAAACUGAAUGCUACGAACCUUGCCGAGGCGAUACGCUUCUGCCUCAGUCCGGAGGCAUCCGAUGCCGCGCGGAGAAUGGCGAGACAGAUGCGGUCCGAAAACGGCGUUGCUCGCGCCGUCGCCUCAUUCCACGCAAACCUUCCGUUGGAGAAGAUGCGCUGCGACGUCAUGCCACAUCUCGUUGCAGCGUGGUCUCUGAAGACGAAAAGGCGCCGCAGGCCCGUCAAGAUAUCCAAAGAGGUAGCCGAGAUUCUUGUCGCUGAGGAAAAGGUGAAGCCACAUAACUUGAAGCGAUACCAAAUCAAGCCGAUACACAUCGACCUCAAAAGAUGGGACCCGGUCACAGCCGCAGCGUCGUCCCUUGCAGUCACAAGCGCGGCCAUGGUAACGUCGGCAGCCGACAUUGUCGUCAAGCCCAUCCAGGCAUUUACUAGACCUCCCAGGAGUCGCCCGGCAACGGCAGAAGGUCACCACGGUGGUGCCGAUCCGCAUCACAGCAGAAACCCGUCCCCGCUCCCAACAACCCACCAUCAGAAGAACGACUUCGCGGAGAAAUUGAUGAUCUACGGCCGACCCGCCGCGCUCGAACUCCCCCCACCAGAAAACUCCACCACCUACCAAACCAAAGAGGAGAAGGAGGAGCAAAGCCGCACCACAACAGCGUUCCUCGGCUGUGCCUCGGGCGUGGGCAACUUCUUCAAGCACUGGACCAAGGGCAUGUACCUCGACAUGCCGCUCGCUGUGUCCGAAGGGCUGCGCAACGCGCCGCGGCUCUACGGCGGCGACGUGUACGACCCGGGCCGCGUGACCGACUGGAAGUCGGGUGGGGCAGCAGCGGGCAAAAACUUUGUGCACGGCCUCGUCGAGGGGUUCGGGGGGCUCGUCGUGAAGCCGGUGCAGGGGGCCAGGAAAGAAGGGGCCUUGGGCGCAGCCAAGGGGGCGGGUGUCGGGUUGCUGAAUAUGGGCACCAAGGUCUCGUCUGGUGUGCUGGGGUUGGCGGCGCUUUCGGGGCAGGGGUUGUACCUGAGUGGGAGGUCGUUGGUACAUAAGGAUACGAGGAAGAUGGUUAGGGAGGCGACGAGGGACGAGGGGAGGUAUGCGUGGGGAGUCGGGCGUGGGAAGGGGCUGGAGGUUGACAGGAGGGUUGUGGUUGAAGCGUUUGAUCUGUUGGUCCAAGGACAAGGGGAUAGUGUGUUGUAGAUGGCGAGCGGUUUGGCCUGAAAACAAGGUAUAGUUUCUGUAACAUGCAUACUCACCGGCGCCACUAGACUUGGUAGACAUCGCAUGGCUCAGUAGUCAGAGUCCACUUCGAAUGGUUAAUAACCCAG